CUUACAGCAGCAAGGUGUUCCGUGUUACCUUUUUGACUUUGGCUGCAUCUCUAACUGUGCCCCUGCUUGGAGUAACUGUUCUACUGGAUUGUCCUAUAGACCCUCAGCCUCUAAGUUUGAAGGAACCUCCCCUCCUGACAGGUGUGUUAGAGCCCAAUAUUGAGUUACGAAAAGCUGAGCGGUUAUGGGAAAAUCAGCUGGUCGGACCAGAGUCCAUUGUCAAUAUUGGGGAUGUGCUGUUUACUGGGACAGCUGAUGGGAAGAUUAUCAAAAUUGAAGAUGGGGAAAUACAAACAAUAGCCAGAAUUGGCCGUGGUCCUUGUGGAACCCGUGAAGAUGAGCCAACGUGUGGAAGACCACUUGGCAUCAGAGUGGGGCCAAAUAACACCCUUUUUGUGGCAGAUGCUUAUUAUGGACUCUAUGAAGUUAAUCCCGGUACAGGUGAAACGAAAAUGCUUGUGUCAACCAAAACACUAAUUGAAGGUCAGAAGUUGUCAUUUGUGAAUGAUCUUACAGUGACCCGGGAUGGGAGGAAAAUCUACUUCACUGACUCCAGUAGCAAAUGGCAAAGACGAGACUACUUAUUCUUGAUUAUGGAAGGCACAGAUGAUGGGCGCCUCCUUGAAUAUGACAGAGUAACAAAAGAAGUGAAAGUCUUAAUGAUGGGGCUGAGGUUUCCUAAUGGUGUCCAGCUCUCUCCUGCGGAAGACUUUGUCCUGGUACAGGAGACAACCAUGGCUAGAAUCAGGAGGUAUUAUGUAUCUGGGCUGAUGAAAGGUGGAGCAGAUAUGUUUGUUGAGAAUAUGCCUGGUCUUCCAGAUAAUAUCAGGUUAAGCAGCUCUGGAGGAUAUUGGGUAGCUAUGUCAGCUGUCCGGCCCAAUCCUGGAUUUUCUUUGUUGGAUUUCUUGUCUGAAAAACCAUGGAUUAAAAGGAUGAUAUUUAAGUUGCUGAGUCAGGAAACCGUGAUGAAGUUUGUGCCCAAAUAUAGCCUUGUUGUUGAACUUAGUGAGACAGGAUCCUACAGAAGAAGCUUUCACGAUCCCAAUGGAGUAACGGUAGCUUAUGUUAGCGAGGCACAUGAGCACAAUGGAUAUCUUUACCUGGGCUCCUUCCGGUCUCCAUUUAUUUGCAGACUUAAUCUUCAGCAUGUUUAACUGUCCAUCCAUGAUGAAGUGCCACUGUCCUGUAAUACUCCAGAGGUAUAAAGGAAGUAUGUUCUUGAGGCAGUGUGUGACCAUGGACAAAAAGUGAAAGACAGUCUGUUAAUGUGCAGUAGCACUAUUCUGUUGCUAUAGUGGAACGUACAGCUUGCUGUACGGUCGUCUUCCUUGGUUUGACUGCUCUUGCUUUGGAGUUGGCAUGCAUAAUUUUUAAUAUCUGAGGAGUAUGGUGGGGCAUCUUCCUACAGUUACGUGCUCCUUAAAGAAAACCCAUUGCUUUUCCAUGCCCAGCCCUGUUUGGAGUCAUCUUUAACAGACGUCAUCUGUUGUUUUUAAUGCAACUGUAUGUCUUCUUACACUGGAAGGAUUUGUGAUGUAUGGAAUUUAAUUGUGUAUGAUUUGGAUUGAAGAGGAUGUCUUGCAUGUGUUUAUUUCUGUGUUAGAAUCUCCUGUUGAGGAGUGAUUACAGUGCAUGUUCUAAUGUCAUACCAUGGUGCUGUGGUAGAGGCAGCAACAUCCAGAACAUGCCUAGAAAUCUAGUUACACCAUUUGGAUUUCUUCAGUUCCAUCCUGUGUAAUCAACAGCAGACACUACAAUUAACUGUUAAUCAACAUGCAGAAUCAAAUUUGAUCGUUAUCUG